UGCUUUCCGUAGCUCGACUAUGACGUCUCCUGAAGAUGGCGGCCCUCGGUAGCAGCGGGGUGACUCCGGGCCGCUUGGCGCGACGCCUCCUCAGACAUACUCAGGGUACACUAUGCCCGGGGAGCGGGGGUCGACCGGCAGAGUUCCUUAUCCAGGCGUUCGGACAGAGAUGUCGUCUCCACUCGGCAGUGGCGUGCUCGAGUCCCACUGCCAGGGUCCUCCUCGGCAGACGUACCAACGGAAGGUUUCUAUUGGUCAAUGCUGUGGCGGUGAGGCACAACAGCACACAGUUUCCCCGUGAAACGUAUUCCAUGGACGACAUUCCCGCGAAGGAAGCUCCGUACACGGCAGCAGAGCUGGCGACCGCGCCAGUGCUGUCCGACCCCACCCCGGUCCUCACAGAGUCCCUCCCCCAACAGAUCUCGGUCUCGCCGGUAACCACGGCCAUCCCCGCGGCCCCGCCCUCUCUGGAGGCCACGCCCACUCUGGACGCCUCUCCAAUCGGAGCGCUGGCCGACCCGACCCUCCUGCUCCCCCCGCCGCUGGGCGAGCAGCUGCUGGGGGAGGCCCUGCCCACGGCGGCGGAGGUCCUCCAGCUGGCGGAGCCCACCCUGGUGGAGCUGGGCCUGGCCGGACACACCCCGGUGGGCCUCAUCCAGAGCCUGCUGGAGUUCAUGCACAUGGACCUGGGCAUGCCCUGGUGGGGCGCCAUCGUCGCAGGCACGGUGCUGGCCCGUCUGGCCGUGUUCCCGGUCAUCGUGAAGGGGCAGCGCGAGGCGGCCAAGCUUAACAACGUGAUGCCGGAGAUGACCAAGCUGACCAGCCGCAUGACGGAGGCCAAGCAGGGCGGCAACAAGUUUGAGUUCUCCAAGGCCUACACGGACCUGACUCUGUUCCAGAAGAAGCACGACGUGAACCCUCUGAGGGGCUUCCUUGUGCCGCUGGUCCAGGCCCCCGUCUUCAUCUCCUUCUUCAUCGCGCUGAGGAAGAUGGCCUACCUGCCGGUGCCCAGCCUGCAGACGGGAGGCGCCCUGUGGUUCCCCGACCUCACCAUGGCCGACCCCUUCUACCUGCUGCCCAUCGCCGUCACCGGCACCAUGUUCUUCAUCCUGGAGCUGGGCGCCGAGUCGGGCAUCGAUAACCCCAACAUGAAGGCCAUGAAGACGGUGUUCCGGAUCAUGCCCUUCGUCAUCCUGCCCCUAACAAUCAACUUCCCCACGGCGGUCUUCACCUACUGGCUGACCUCCAACAGCUUCUCGCUGUGCCAGGUGGCCCUGCUCCGCCACCCCUGGGUGCGGGAGAAGCUCUCCAUCCCCCAGAAGAUCGUCCACCCCGCCUCCGCCCUGCCCGCCAACGACGGCUUCGUGGAGAGCCUGAAGAAGGGCUGGAAGAACGCCCAGCUAGGGCAGCAGCUGGAGGAGAGAGAGAGGAGGAUCAAGAAUCACCUGGAGCUGGCCGCCAAAGGUCCAUUGAGGCAGACUUUUACCCACAAUCCUCUCCAGCAGGAAGCAGCGCCGGCCAAUAAUAAGCCUGUGUCCCAGACAGGCAGGGACAAGGCCCGCCCAUGGAAGGAGACCAUUGGCUAGAUGGGAAUGAUUGGCGGCUGGAGCCCAGCGAAUCGUGUGUAAAUAUGGACGCAAUAAUGGGAGCGGAGUGAAGAGUUGUCUGUGUGUUAUUAUCCAGAGUAAAGUCGUACAAUAUUUACUGGACUGUGUUGUGAAUUUGUGAAGCUGCAACGGGUUUUGGAAAUGGAAAGGACUCAGAUUAUGAUCACUGGUAAUUUUAUUAUAAAUAAACGCUUUUAAAGUUGAA